CUUGAAUAUUAUUAGUUAUCAAUGACAUACAUUAAAAAUAAGUGGAAGGACGAUGGGUGAAUUGCAAUGUACUUUGGAAUUCUCUGUUGAGCUUCAUAAAUUUAUAAAUGUGGACUUAUUCCAAAGAGGAUUUUAUCAAGUAAGAAGUACAUUGAAAGCAUCCCAAAAACUUCCUGUUAAAAUUGAAGUGAAUUUGCCAAAAAAUUCUACUUGUUCUUUGGUCUUUCCAGCCUGCAUUGUAAACGGAACAGCUGUUAGUAAAACCUUUCAGAUACUUUACAAAAACGAAGAAGUUGUUUUAGAUGACAUAAUAGUUUUUAAAGUACACACACUUGUUGAAGGACACAAAGUUAGAGAAUCUCUUUUAAAAGCUGACUUUCAAAUCGCUGUUGAACUGUGGUUUACGGACCAAUCAUUUGGACCUGACCAACAUAUAUCCAUCCAUUGUGUAAGUACAAGAACAUUGCUUUUGCAUUUUGAUCCAGCCAGAGGAUUGCAUCAUCAUAUUCCAUUGUUAUUUGAUUAUUUUCAUUUAUGUGCUGUUACCAUUACCAUCCAUGCCUCUAUCAUUGCUCUUUGUCAACCAUACCUCAGUAUGCAGAAACCCUCAAAACAAACCUUUCUUACUGGAAGCCCUCGUCUUUCAAGUAAAAAAUCUCAUUCCAGUUUGGAAACUGUUUUGUUUGGACCACAGAUGGGGCGCUCUGCAACUAGUUCAUCUCGCUUACAUAGAGCUCGUUUAGUUCAUUGUGAACUUUGUACUCUUCUACUUUCUGCUCAUAAUAGCUUAUGUCGAAAAUUGUUUGAAUACAUGACUUUAUUACCUCCUUGGCAGCAACUAAAACUAGAUUCAUUUGAAAACUCUGCCUAUUUGGAAAACUUAAGUGACUUUGCAAAGGAAUGUCAUAAGUAUAUUAAAAACAGCCCAGCUAUUCCAUCCAAAGAGCAGCUUUUUGGACACUAUGAGGGCAUGGACACUGAAGAAGAAUUUUUAAUGAAAGCUAGCAGUGAUAUUACUCAAAUAUCCGGUGCUUUAAUAUUACUGUGGGAAAAAUUUCUUGAUAUUGUUGUUGGAAGAGAAAAAGUUCGUCAGCAUUUGUCAAGACAAAGGCAUUUUCAACGGGUGAAGCGUUUUUCUGAAGCCUUCUUCAUAGUCGAAAGAACAAGAGAUUCUGCACUAUCACCUUGUGACAGCAGCAUUGAAGCCUAUCAAGAAGUCUCUGAAAACUUGAGAAAAUCAUCAUAUUUGAAUUUGCUACCUCCUCUUGAAGUAGAAUGUAUUGAAUUUGAUGGUGAUUUAAAUUCUUUGCCUAUUUUAUAUGAAGAACAUUAUCAAGAAACAGCCCGAAGAGGUUCUAACAAUAGUCAUCACAGCUCACGGAGUACUUCCAUUCCAAACAGCGAAUCUAUGCCAGAUUUAACAACUGGAUUUAUUCCUCCACCUCCUCCACCUCCACCAAUUCAAAAGUCAAGAUUUUUAAGCAUUGCCAUUGACCACGAAAAGUCUCAAGCACAUGCUAAACGUAAUGAAAAUCUCCUUGAUCCAGCAUAUCAAGAAAAGGUAAUUAAUUUCUCUAGAAAAAUGUCUUCAAAUCAUCUUAAUAUAUCUCAAUCACAUGAAACUACAGAGAAUAUCUUAUCUAAAUCAAUUGUUUCUUGUAAGAAAACUUCAAGUCAAUCUACAAAUUGUGAAGAUAGUGUGAAUGGACAUUUAGUGCAUUCUGUUGUCAACAAAGAUUCUUCCACUAAGUUAAGAAACCAGCCCUCAACUAAUAACCAAAAUAGUUGUGAUACAGUAGUUUCAAGUCAGCCCACAAAGCUAGGUAGUGAAGGUAUAUUUGAUAAUGUUAAAAAGAAAAAAUAUAGCAAGUCAGAGCCACCACCUCCAUUAACCUUACAUUCUAAGAAACAUUCCAUUUCUGAAACUAUUUCUAACUCUAGUGUCUGUGAAAUAAGCCCGCCAUCACCACCAGUGCAAUUCAAAGAUCCUCCUGAGACAGGAUGUUCAACUACUCUGUCAUCCGAUAAAGAAAAAAGACUCAUUCCACAAGGGAAGCAGCCAAUUACAGCAUCUUCCAAACCCAGUGUAACAAGGUCCAAGGAUAGCUGCUUAACAAGCGUUAUUUGCCAAGGAACUUUAUUUUUUCCACGACCUCCAGUUCAGUUUGGAGAUGAUGUAACAGAUCCUGUCUCAGAAGAAUCUACGGAAAAUAACUAUGAUACUCCUAGCGUCCGCAGAGCCUCUGUUAUUGGAACUGAAAUGAUUAGCUUUGUCAAAGCAAAAGAAGAAUUUAGAAAACAGUUGCAAUAUCCUUGGUUGUGGUACAGUGACUUUCCUAGUCUGGCAUCUGAUGUUCCAUAUUUCCAAUGUGAUAGUGACUUGAGGGCAUUCAGUCCGGAAGGCAUGCAUUUGGUGAUUUGCGUUCAUGGAUUGGAUGGCAACAGUGCUGAUUUGAGACUGGUUAGAACCUAUUUAGAGCUGGGGCUACCAACUGUCAAUUUUGAGUUCCUCAUGUCAGAAAGAAAUCAGGGAGAAACAUUUGAUGAUUUUGAUACCAUGACUGAUCGUUUAGUGUCUGAAAUUAGCUAUUAUGUUGAAGUUUAUGGCUUAAAACCUGCAAAAAUUAGCUUCAUUGGCCAUUCACUAGGAAAUAUAAUCAUACGAUCAGCUCUUACAAGAUCAGAAAUGAAGCCAUACUUAAGUCGACUUCAUACAUUUCUUUCACUCUCUGGUCCUCAUCUGGGAACAUUGUACAAUAGUAGUGGAUUAGUUAAUAUGGGUAUGUGGUUCAUGCAAAAGUGGAAAAAAUCUGGCUCUCUGCUCCAAUUAGCAAUGAAGGAUUCAUCAAAUUUAAGGCAAACAUUUCUGUAUAAAUUAAGCCAAAAACCUGGCUUGGAGCACUUUCAAAAUAUCUUAUUAUUUGGAUCUUCUCAAGAUCGCUAUGUACCCCUUCAUUCUGCUCGAAUUGAACUAUGUAAACCUGCCCUCAAAGAUACGUCCUUACAAGGUAUGGUUUAUCGGGAAAUGGUUACCAACCUUAUUCAGCCAAUCAUACAAAAUCCAGAUAUUGCCCUGCUUAGAUAUGAUGUCCAUCAUGCUCUGCCCAGUAGUGCCAAUUCUCUAAUUGGCAGAGCAGCCCAUAUUGCCGUCUUAGACUCUGAGUUGUUUAUUGAAAAGUUCUUAGCUGUUUGUGGAUUGCGUUUUUUUACCUAA